CUUUGUCGGCCCCACUGCGCGGAGAGCAUGUGAUGGUGAGGUGGUGACUGCUCACUGGGGACGGGGAAGACUGCACAGUUCUGCUCGGACAUGUCGGCCAGGUCAGACCGGGCCGGCGGGUACCGGGGAAAGAUGUCUGCAGACGGCCUGCAGCACCGGCAGGUGGCAGAGAAAACAAACGGACACAGCAGAAAAGUGCACGGUUUCACCAGAGAUUCUUCAUGUCUGAGGAGAACUGUGUCAACAUGUGAGGAAAAAGUCCCAGCAGCUCUGCCGCUGCUGCUGGAUGUGGUGUGGGGUCCGGAGCGUCUUCCUGCAGACAGGGACUCACAGGAAAUGCUGAGAGGGAAACUGCGCAAUCUGCAAGCUGACAGCACAGAGGUCAACGCUCUGUUCACGGAGCUGUCUACUCACCUCAUCUCCAUCGACAGUGAAGAGAAAGUCAUUUAUGUGACAUUCAAAACCUUUGAGGAGAUAUGGAAAUUCACCACAUACUAUUCAAUAGGUUUCCUGGGUCACUGCAUAGAGAAUCUGUUGUGGGACCAGAAGUUUUGGCUCAGCUCUUUGGAGGAGGACAUUGAAAUUAAGGUCUCUGUUCAAGAGGACACACUCCACCUGAUCUACAAAGGCAUUCUCAUGCAAGAAGGUUCGUUGUUUGCUAGAUGUAGUACCAACCAGAUGUUUGACAGCUCUACCUCUGGAGGUGAUCUGUACCUGGAGAAGGGAGACAUAGCCCAGUUUGAGCCUCCCUUCCUGGGCUCAGGGUGGACUGUCCUCUGCCUGGCCGAUGGAGCCCGAGGUACUGCACCCAGACCUGGGCUCGAGCUGGUUGUCCCUUUUCAUCAAUGGUUUCUCAAAUCCUGCACAGAGAGCAUUUUAAUUGGUGAUGGUAAACCCUCCUGUGACUUCCCUCUGCAGUUUGCCUCAGGAAGCUGUCUGGCCACAGCAGGGUAUGAUGCUGAGGGCCCGGAUGAGCUGAGUGUGGCGCCCGGUGAUCGCAUCGUCAUCGUUGGAAUCCUGGUGUCUUGUUGUGAUUGGUUCACAGCGAGGAAGGAGGCAACAGGAGAAGUAGGUUUGGUCAAGACAAGCCUGGUGAAGCCAUCCACUGACAUCCACAACUUAGCAGAUGUCUUUCUGGAUGGAGAGGAAGGGACAUUUUUCAAUCCGCAAGAGGACAAAGUCAUAGAAGAAACAAAGGCCUUAUUGAAGAAGAAAUCUGAAAAUGAUACUGGUCAUAACUACAAACUUGAUAUGAUCAGUUACCAAGAUGCUGAUAAAAUAAUACCAUUCAGCUCUUCAAGCAAAUCUCAGACUCAGCAGACUGACUUGAAGACAAAUAUUCAGAGGUUUCUUGAUCAAGGACAAAAGUCAUUGCCCCCAUCCAUAGUGACAAUGAACGGGACUUUAGAGGACACUGACCUCAAUUCAGAAGCCAAAAAACCAAGUCCUCCCUGUUUCAUUGUUCACCCGGUGGUAGAAGGAGACAACAACACGGAAAUCUUCAUUCUGCUUUUCGCUUUCUUGGAGGGACGAGACUACAAGAUAGAGUUUGGCCCCCUUUAUGGACUGAAUUCUGAACUCCUGGCCUCCUCCACCUUUACUGGUCACUCGGAAGAGGAUGAGCUGAUUGCUUUCCUGGGGGUUGCCAGGGAAACAGCCAGGAAGAAGCGACUCCUUUGGUCACAGACUCGUUUGUGCUUUCUGCUGGGCAAACUCUGUGCUGGAAGAUCAAAAUUCAGCCAGGCCCGGGUUUACUUUGAGGAGGCCCUCAGUGUGCCACGAGAAGGCUUUGCGGACCUCAGGCUUUUGGCCAGCAUCUACUCCAACCUGGUCGCUAUAUACCUUUUGCAGAAAAAUACCGAAAGUUUCUUUGCUAUGACAGAGCGACUUGUUGCCUUGCUAUUUGGGACCCCAGACUGUCUGGAAUGCCUAGUGGACAACUCUGCUCUUAAAUACAUCCUCAAGAAAGCCAUUCUGUCCCACAACGGGAUGGCAGAGGCACGGGCUUGUUAUCUACUGGCGAAGCACCACUGGACUCAUGCUGAAGGGGUACGAGUUGUUCCUUAUCUUGAGAGACUGCUUGUUCUUUGCACUGAAACACAAAGAACAUGGGGCAUCUCGACCAGUCACGAAUACCUUGCCCUGGGAAGGCUCUACAGCGAACUCGGGCUUCCCCACCUCAGUGUCAGUUCGGCGAGGAGAGCUUCUCAGCAUCCCUCUGCUACACUGACAAACUGCCUGAGCAGCAUGGCUCUACUAUUGAACAACGUCAACAGACUGAAUGGGAUCACAGAACAGGAAGUAACCCUCCCACCUCAAAUGGCUCCCUAUCUACACCAAGCCCUUUCUUCUAAAAAAGUUCAGGGUGGAGGAAGUGAUCAGCAACAUGUUUUGAGCCAUCAGCUUACCGUUAGUCUCUGCCAACUCUUUUGCAAGCACAGGAUGGUUGGACACGCUAUCAGCCACAUACACACUCUCAUUGACAGUAAUAGACUCCCACAGCGACUCCCCAUCUCAGUCCCAGAGAGAAACGGUACCCUCAUCUGGUUGGCAUGGCUUCACAUUGACAACAAGCAGCCAGAUGUUGCCUUGGAUAUCCUGGACUCUGUCCUUGCUUCCAUGCCUGAACAUUGCACUACCCUUCAGGAAGGUGUGGUCCUCAACAUGCGUGGCGUGGCAUUUCGGUGCAUGGGUGACCUCUGCAAGGCGGCACAGAGCUACGAGGCGGCUGUGGACGUCUGCCAAGAGUAUGAGGACAUUCCAAACUGGGCGGUAGCGCAGGCUAACCUGGGGCUGUUAUGUCUGAAGGCUAGAGCUAAAGAUCUGGCACAGAGACACCUGACUCAGGCCGUGCAGCUCUUCUCUGAGCUGGACGGAGAAGGUCAUGAGUCAAACUUCAUCACAGUACUGCUGGAGCUGGGUCAGCACUAUGUGAAGCAGCACCAGCUGGACUUUGGGAAAGGAUGCUACGAAUGGGCUCUACUGCUGGCUAUCAAUGCUAACCUGUUAGACUGCCAGCUCACUGCAACUAGACACCUGUACCAUCUGUAUGGGUGUGAGAAUCCAGACCAGGCCCAGUGUAUAAUCUACAGCCAGCACCACGUCCAGCUGCUGAGACAAACAGGAGACAGAGGACAGGAGGGAGAGGCACUGGAAGCCAUCAGCCAGCUCUACCUCAGUCUGGGAACAGAAAGGGCAUACAGGGCAGCCCUCGACGCCACCAAGACCAGUCUUGGUAUUUUCAUAGACCUGGGCCAGAGGGAGAAGGAGGCGUACGGCUGGCUGCAAGCGGGAAAGAUCUACCACCUAGUGGACCAGACUGAACUGGUGGACCUUUACGUGCAGGUAGCUCAGGAUGUUGCUCUGAGUACAGGAGACACCGGCUUCAUUCUGAAGCUUCUGGAAGCGGCAGGAGACAUUUUCUUCAACAGCAGCCAGGACCGGGACAAGGCUAUCACCUUCUACAGGGACCGGGCUCUGCCCAUCGCUGUGAAGAGCAGCAAUGUUCGUUCCAGGCUGAGGUUGUGUAAUAAAUUGACGGAACUGAUGCUCAGUCUCAAGCUUUACGGUGAAGCUAUGGAGUUUGCUCAGACCUCACUGGACAUCAGUAAAACUCUGGGUGAGUGUCUGAAUGAGCGAGUGGCUUGCCAUCGUCUGGCCUCUCUGUACCACUGUCUGGACCAGUACGAACUGGCUGAACACUAUUACCUGAAAACCUUGACCCUGUGUCCAACACCUCUGCUGUUUGAUGAGGAAACACUGUACUAUGUUAGGGUGUACCAGACGCUGGGGGACAUCAUAUUCUAUGACCUGAAGGAUCCAUUUGAUGCUUCAGGCUACUACCACCUGGCUCUGGCUGCAGCCAUGGAUCUGGGUAACAAGAAGGCUCAGCUGCAGCUGUGCACUCGCCUCGCAACCAUCUACCACAACUUCCUAAUAGACAGGGAGCUCUCUCUCUUCUUUUACCAGAAGGCACGGGCCUUUGCCGCAGAGCUGAACGUGAGGAGGAUAAAUAUCUCACCAGAUCAGCUGAAUAGUAGCACCUCACAGUACGAGACCACCAAAUAAUAGUAUGGACACUGGGGAGUCAGGUCUUUGUUUUACAGGAAAACUUUAGUGGAUGGAUAAAUGUUUGUGUUGUGGUACAGAAAUGGUUUUUCAUAAGACGGUCAUCGGUUCAAUUUCACCCAGUAGCCUUUCUGUGUGGAGUUUGAACGUUCUCUCUGGGUACUCUGGCUUCCAAUAGAAGAAGAAAGAAAAUAUUCUUUAUUAAUCCCUGUGGGCAAAUGAUUCUCUGCAUUUCGCCCAUCCCAGUGGGAACAGUGUGCUGCCACAAGUGUGCUUACCUAAAGGACACUUCGACACAGGAGCAGCCAGGGUUCAAACCAUCAACGCUACGGUUACCGGCGCACCUUCUCUACUCCAUACGUUUAGGUUAAUUGCUGAUUCUAAAUUGCCUGUAGAUAUUUUAGUGUGAAUGGUUGGCCUGCAAUCCAGGGUGUACCCUGUCUCUCCACUGACGUUAGCUGGGCUUGACUCCAGCCCCCUUCAUCGCAACCCUCAAAGGGCCCACUUGCCAUUAGAUCACCUGCUAUUGAAAAAUAAUGAUAUGUUUUCUGACACACGGGUCACAUGCACGGUCGACCGUGAGAGCUAAUGGAAGACUUGGUGGUGCAAAUUAGCGAUCUUUGUUUACUAGUGAACACAUUUCAUUUCAUUUCAAAAUGAGUAGGGUUGCUGGGCCAAGGUGUUGCUGCGUACGUUAGUGAGCAGAAGGUGACUUUCAGACUUACAUUGGAAGAGAUAAUUAAGGUCUCAAGGUGCCCAGGAUGUCCAAUCUAAUCAUUUAUUGCAUUUGUGAAACUAUGUUCGAUUCAAAUUUACAAUUCUACUUUACUCAGGCCUCAGGAAAAGAUAAACAUACUAAUCAAGAACACUAAAAGCUUUAACUGAUUAUCUGUUAUUUUGUUUAUUGUAAUUCUUCUAAACAAUGAAAAAACGGCCUAACUGACAACUCAAAAAAACAAGUACAUGAAAUUGUGUAUGUUCUGGUACUUUUGCGGCUUACUUAUUUUAUAGCGUUUAUCACUGAAUCAGAAAGUAACAGACAGGACACAACCCUGUUCUGCACUCCUGUUGGGAAUAAACCAUAUGACUUCCAUUAAGCAAAACAAACGUAAAUGCCCAAUGUAACAUCACUCUGUCACUAAAACUCUUCCCCAAGCAAAUGUUUGCAUCGUUAGUAAUAACCCACAGUCAGAUAUCUGACAGUAUCCCUCGUGUGAUGGUAUGUUCUUUCCAUCUGAAAGUUCAUCAGAGUUUCAUCAGUGUGAUCAAAUGUUAAUUAUAUUAUAUUAAUUAUAUUUUCUUUGAUCUAGAUUGAAUCUAUUUUUAUAUUUGUGAUAAUAACUAAACUGAAUUGCAAAUAAUGGACACAAAGCGUAUAAGUAUGAUGUAAGAUUUUUCCUCUUUUCGUGGCAGAAUGAGAAGAUAAGUUGAUAAUUUAUGUGGUCUAUAAGUUUAUAAAUCAACAGCAGCUGAUUAACAGUGUGUCACUGUUUUUCUCAUCAAAAGGCCAUCAUAAAUACUAUAUUAUUUUAAAGUAUUUCAGAGCAUUAUUAUUAUUAUUAUAUUAAUGCUGUUACUACACUGCUGCAUUUGAAUACCAAUAAAUAGUAUGAUACCAA